GCCAAAGGGAACGGGAACAGAGAAUGGCCGCAGUAACCGACGAUUUUGCAAGGAAGUGCGAAAUAAAGCAGAAUGACACGCUGGGCAGAUUUGUGGUUGCCCUCUGUAAUCUUCGGGCUGGCGAGACUCUGCUGCUGGAGAAUCCCAUCGUAGUCCUACCCCAAAUCGGUGAUAGACGCUGCUCCAAGUGCUUUAUGCUAACCCAGAGUUUUUGUAGAAAGUGCCGUCUUUUGGCUUUGUGUGAAGAUUGCUCGGAUCAUGAUGAGCGCGAUUGCCGAAGUCUUGCUGAAAUGAAUUUGUCCAACGACCAGGUGGAGCUGCUCCAGAGAAAGGAACACACCGAAAUCCAGUCAGCUCUGAAAUGUCUGCUGUUAAGAGAGCACGAGGAAACCCUGCCCUUGUACGAGGAAAUGUCUCAAAUGGACUCCCAACUGGCGAGUAGAAGAGGCACCGAUAUCUGGAAAAGCUACCAGGAGCACGCAUUUGCUCCUCUAGAUUCUGGUGGAGUGCUAAAACAACUACGAGGCUCGGCGGAUGAGGACUUAGUGCAGGGCUUGCUUGGCAUCCUGGACGUAAAUGCCUAUGAGAUAAGGGCUCCGGAGUCGGGUGGCGCCAUGAGAGGACUGUAUCGUAGGGCGGGACUCUUUCCGCACAGCUGCAUGCCCAACCUGGUCAUCUCAAUCGAUGACGAGCGACGUAUAAAGGUCUACGCCAAUCGGUUUAUAGCCGCCGGAGAGAUCCUUUACAAUUGCUACACCAAUGUGCUCCUAGGCACCGAGGAGCGUCACCAAAUUCUGAAGGAGGGCAAGUGCUUUGACUGCACCUGUCCGCGGUGCCAGGAUCCCACCGAGCUGGGAACACACAUGAGCAGUUUCAUGUGCAGCCACUGCUCCUGCACGGGUGGCUACAUAGUCCGUCAGCCGAAUACGGGAAUUUGGCAGUGCCUUCUAAAUCCGGAGCAUACACUGAAACAGGAGUUUGUAGCGAAUAUGCUGGAGCGGGCUAAAGAGGAGAUAUUCCACGCAAGGGAUGAUAUUUACAGGCUGGAGCUCCUCUUGGCCAAGUUGAGUCGCCUUCUGCAUCGGAAUCAUUUCCUAAUGCUCGACCUAAAGCAAAAUAUCGCUUCUAUAUUGCGACAGAUCCUUCAGAACAUGGCAACCCGACCAAAUAAGAAGGUCUAUGAGCGGAAAAUUCGUUUGUGCCAGGAGAUAUUAUUGGUACUCAAGGUCGUAACCCCUGGAAUCUCCAGAUUAAAGGCUAUCGCCCUCUAUGAACUGGCCAACACUCAAGCCGAAUUGGCCAGAAAAAUGUAUACAGAGAUGGAGCAUAGUGCCAACGACCUUUUGGCGGAAUUGGAACGAGUUGAGGUCAUGCUGCGGGAGUCCCUGCGAAUGCUUCUAUUUGAGCCACUGGCCACUCCAGAGGGUCAGUUGACGCGAUCAAUGCUCCGAGAGCUGAAGGAGCUGCAGGAUGAUAUAAAAAAUCUUCGAGAAUCUGAUGACGAUGUGGUAAAUUAAUAAGAUCUACGAGUUUUUGGUUUAAAA